CCGGCCACAGGAGACCCGCCCUCGCCAACAUGGUGGCUUUUGACUGGGGCGUGUUCGUUUUCUCCGAGUAUUUCCUAGGGCGGGGGUCUGGGCUUUAGGCAGAACGGGCUGAAAAGGAAAAUCACUGCAUUCCAGAGCCCUGGACUGGGCGCUUGUCAGUCCUCGUCUACAAGUAACCUUUUACCACAUCCGAGAUAGUAUUUAGUUUCACAAUGUUUGGGAACCUAUUUGAAGAGGAUUAUUCCAGUGUGUCAAAUAGUCAGUAUGGAAAAGACAAGAAAUUAAAGACUAAAGCUUUGGAGCCGCCUGCUCCUAGAGAAUUCACCAAUUUAAGUGGAAUCAGAAAUCAAGGUGGAACCUGUUACCUUAAUUCUCUUCUUCAGACUCUUCAUUUCACACCUGAAUUCAGAGAAGCUUUAUUUUCUCUUGGUCCAGAAGAGCUUGGUUCUUUGGAAGAUAAGGAAAAAGUGGAUGCAAAGGUUCGAAUCAUACCUUUACAGCUGCAACGGUUGUUUGCUCAGCUUCUGCUGUUAGAUCAGGAGGCUGCUUCCACAACAGACCUCACUGACAGUUUUGGGUGGACCAGCAAUGAGGAAAUGAGACAACAUGAUGUGCAAGAACUGAAUCGAAUUCUCUUCAGUGCUUUGGAAACUUCUUUAGUUGGGACCUCUGGCCAUGACCUCAUUAAUCGUCUGUAUCACGGAACCAUUGUUAACCAGAUUGUUUGUAGAGAAUGUGGGAACAUCAGUGAAAAGCAGGAAGACUUCUUAGAUCUAACAGUAGCGGUCAAAAAUGUAUCAGGUUUGGAAGAUGCACUCUGGAACAUGUAUGUAGAAGAGGAAGUUUUUGACUAUGACAACUUAUACCACUGUGGAACUUGUGACAGGCUGGUUAAAGCAUCAAAGUUGGCCAAAUUACGUAAGCUGCCUCCCUUUCUUACUGUUUCAUUAUUAAGAUUUAAUUUUGAUUUUAUGAAGUGUGAACGGUACAAGGAAACUAGCUGUUAUACAUUCCCUCUCCGGAUCAAUCUCAGGCCUUUUUGUGAACAGAGUGAGUCGGAUGACUCGGAAUAUAUAUAUGAUCUCUUCUCAGUUAUUAUACACAAAGGUGGCUGCUAUGGAGGACAUUAUCAUGUAUAUAUUAAAGAUGUCGAUCAUUUGGGAAAUUGGCAAUUUCAAGAGAAAAAAAGUAAGCCAGAUGUGAAUAUGGAAGAUCUCCAAAAUGAAGAAGAGAUUGAGGAUCCACUAAUGAUUCUAAAAGCAAUCUUAUUACAGGAGGAGCAUAAUCUGAUCGCUGUUGACCAGCUGGGCCAGAAGCUUUUGAAAAAGAUGGGAACAUCUUGGAACAAGAAGUACAGAAAAGAGUAUGGACCACUGCGAAAGUUCUUACAACUCCAUUCGCAGGUAUUUCUACUCAGUUCAGAUGAAAGUACAGUUAGUCUAUUGAAGAACUGUUCUCUCCAGCCCAAGUUGGAUUUCCAAAGGAAUGAUAAACAGAUUUUCAAGACACUUACUUCAGAAGCCCCAGGAUUAAAUGAUAGUACCUCCUGUCCACACUGGUUUGAUAUUAAUGAUUCCAAAGUGCAGCCAAUAAAGGAAAAGGAUAUUGAACAGCAGUUUCAGGGGAAAGAAAGUGCCUACAUGCUGUUUUAUCGGAAAUCCCAGUUACAGAGACCCUCUGAAGCUCGAGGUAAUCCAAGAUAUGGGGUUCCUUGCCAUUUGUUGAAUGAAAUGGAUGCAGCCAACAUUGAACUGCAAACAAAAAGGGCAGAAUGUGAUUCUGCAAACAAUAAUUUUGAAUUUCAUCUCCACCUGGGUCCUCAUUAUCAUUUCUUCAACGGGGCUCUGCACCCACUAGUCUCUCAAACAGAAAGCAUGUGGGAUUUAACCUUUGAUAAAAGAAAAACUCUAGGAGAUCUUCGACAAUCACUAUUUCAGCUCUUAGAAUUUUGGGAAGGAGACAUGGUUCUUAGUGUUGCAAAGCUAGUACCAGCAGGACUUCAUAUCUACCAGACACUUGACAGAGAUGAACUGACACUGUGUGAAAUUGAAGUUGCUGAUGGGGAAGACAUCUUUGUAUGGAAUGGGGUGGAGGUUGGUGGAGUCCGGAUUCAAACUGGUAUUGACUGCGAACCUUUGCUUUUAAAUGUUCUUUAUCUGGCAACAAGCAGUGAAGGAAAAGAGUGUCAGCAGUUGGUAGAAUCUCCAUAUGUCUUUCCCUCUAAUGCAGAAGUAGGCAGUAUAUUCUCAGCCUUCACAGUCCCCAUAGGUAGCAUCUUAAUAAAGAAUGCUGAAUCCACAGGGGACGGGGGCUGGACUGCUGUUCCCAAGGAAGACAUGAAGAAGACGUUCAGAGAACAGGGCCUCCAAAAUGGAAGCUUAAUUUUAAUUCAGAAACCUAAUGAUGAUGAAAGUUUGUUGACUAAACAAGAGAAAUGGAUCACUAGUAUGAAUGAGAUCAACUGGCUCCAAGUUAAAAAUUUAUGCCAACUAGAAUCCGAAGAAAAGCAAGUAAAAAUAUCAGCAACAAUUAACACAGUGGUGUUUGAUAUUCGAAUUAAAGCCAUAAAGGAAUUAAAAUUAAUGAAGGAACUAGCUGAGAACAGCUGUUUGAGACCUAUUAAUAGAAAUGGGAAACUUCUUUGUCCAGUGCCAGACAAGUAUACUUUGAAGGAAGCAGAAUUGAAGAUGGGGAGUUCACUGGGACUGUGUCUUGGAAAAGCACCAACUUCUACUCAGCUGUUCCUGUUUUUCACUGUGGGGAGUGAUGUUCAACCUGGGACAGAGAUGGAGAUCAUAGUAGAAGAAACAGUAUCUGUGAGAGAUUGUUUAAAGAUAAUGCUAGAAAAAUCUGGCCUACCAGGAGACACGUGGCAUUUACGAAAAAUGGACUGGAGCUAUGAAGCUGGGGAGCCUUUAUGUGAAGAAGAUGCAACACUGAAAGAGCUUAUGAUAUGUUCUGGAGAUACUUUGGUUUUAAUUGAAGGGAAACUUCCCACUUCGGGUUUCCUAAAGGUGCCCAUCUGGUGGUAUCAGCUGCGGGUUCCCUCAGGACACUGGAAGAGUCAUCUGGACCAGAUGAGCUGUGCCGCUUCUCCAGGCAGGGUCCAGAGAGCACCUUCCACCCAAGGUGCACCUGGCAACCUGCACAAGGAAGCUGCCCUCCACUACCUGGGGGACGUCGAAAUCUCAGAAGACGCCACCUUGGUGGAUCUGAAGGUUCAGGCCAUGACCUUGCCCUCUUUCUCGGAGUUCGUCGUCCCGUCCCCGUCCUUCCUCAGAGCCUGGGCCCUGGAGAGCAGGCGCCCGGGCAGGCUCUUACGGGCCCCGCAGCAGCAGCUCAGGGAAUAUAAACUGGGAAGGAGAACUGAGGUCUGUUUAGAGCCCCUUCACAAAGAGGAAAGUCUGGGCCCCAAGGACUUGCUGCUGAGGACCCAGCUGCGCAUCCCCGGCGAGAGGGCGUACUCCCUGUCCGUGGACCUGGUGUGGGACACCGCCAAAGGCUGCACCGCGGCCUCCCUGCGCCACAGAGUUGCUGAUUUCUAUUCUCUUCCUGUGGAGAAAAUUGAAAUUGCCAAAUACUUUCCUGAAAAGUUCGAGUGGCUUCCGAUCUCUAGCUGGAACCAGCAAAUUAGCAAGAGGAAAAAGAAGAAAAAGCAAGAUAAUUUGCAGGGAGCACCUUAUUACUUGAAAGAUGGAGACACUAUUGGUAUAAAGAAUCUGCUGCUUGAAGAUGAUGAUGAUUUCAGUACAAUCAGAGAUGAUAUUGGAAAAGAAAAACAGAAACAGCUUGCUCUGGGAAAAAAGAAAAGCCGAGAAGCCCUCCGUGUGCACGAUGGUGAUGUUUCCUCCUGCACGGACACGCUGGCCCAGCCCCGCGGACCAGAAGCAUCUCUCUCCAUCCACGUGGGGAGUUUCCGGUAGCGCUGGCACAGCCCAGGCUUCAAGGGCGCGGGGCCCGGCCUCACAUGAGGAGCACCUCGGUGCCCUGGCCUGCCAGGGGCCAUGCUUGGCCGUGGGUCUCUACCAGCCUGCAGCCCUGCACUUCUCAUAAAGUGAACCAGUCAGUUCCCUGAAGGGAAGUUUUUACUGGUGUUUGUGGAUUGACCAGUUGUUGCCUUGUGUAGACAUGGAUUCUAAAGCCUCUGCUUUCUUACAAGUAAAGAAAUGUUUCCCCCGAGGCUGGGCAAGUGCACUUUAUCAAGAAGAUAUGCAACAGACCCAAACUCAGUGGCGUCCUGGGCACAUCGUGCCGUGUCUUACAUGUGCCAGUAGAUGGCCACCUGCCUGCAAACAAACGCUUUACCCAGCUGCCUUUGCUGUAGGAGCAGUCACGACUUUUGCAUUAACUACAGUUGUGCAUAAAAUGGCAUAUUGCUACAAUCUGACAAAUCUGUUGUUUGAAACACAUAUUCAGUCAUUUCUCUCUUUUCUUAUACUGUUUAGAUGGGUUUUUAGUCAUCUGUAUUAAACGUUCCAACACACACGGACGGGCCUGCGAAGCGUAUGCUGUGAACUAAAGGGUGGUCCAUGUUUACUGGACUUCGUCUUCCCCCACAUCGCUCUGGCCCUCACAUCUCGUGUCUCCCUCUGUACUGUGUUAAAACUGAUUUUCACCCUCUUUCCUGAGUGAGGAGCCAGGUGGGAAUGCUUGAAAGUUAAAUCUCCUCUGCCGGAGAGAGGAAGCCUUGGGCGAGGCUGAGGCAGGAGCCCCUCGGCAGCUCCCAUGUGCCAGGCCGACCUCAUCUCCACGUGACCCACAGAUGCCUCGGCUCCUCCCUACUGGGUCCCUGGGAGGGUGGCUUCAGCUCGGGCAAGCCCGUCAUCUGUUGGGUUCAGGUUGUCCUGGGUGGGCCAAGUAGCUUCUAUUUUUGAGUAGCUUCUAUUAAAACAGGUGAGACAAAGAACAUAUAAACUGAGAUUUAUUUUCCUUUUAAUUCACCAUGGCUAACUAGUACAUACAAAGGAUUGAAUUAGAAUCCAUUGAUUUAGGAUGCUAGGGUGACUGGCUUUCUCAGGCUAUAACUUAGUCUAAAGCAGAAUUCCCAAGAAGAUGUGAUCAAUUCUUAACCUUCUUACCUCAAAUGAGGUGUUACAGAGACUCUCUGGCUAAGUGUGUUUAUAGUCUUGCUAUAACAGUUUCUUCUCAGCAUUUCUACCGCUAAUGCUAAAGUAGAGCUUAAAUGUUGGGAAAUGGAAAGAAAACGAGCAUGGAACAGAGCGGCCACUGACUGAGGAAACAGCUGAAUGGUAAAUAGUUCUCUCUCCCAUCGGGGCUUGAAACUAAGUGGAAUGACUGCUUCUCCUUCCUCAUCCUCCUCAACACUGUCAAGACCCGUGUUGAAGGACAUUUUCAUCUCUGUUGCAUAUUUGUGACAGAUUGUUGUUGAAAAUUAUGUAUUAAGCCAUAUUGAAGCAAUUGCCCUGUAAGAAACUGAACUUUGACUAGUGAGCUGCUUUUCAGGGUCUCAAACACUGAAUUGUCUCUAAAAGGCCUGCACAUGCCAGGCAGACGCCGUCACGGUGGCUCCUGCGUGUUUUGGAGGAAACCCUGACCUCCAGCUCACGUGGCGCUUGGCUGGGACUCCAGCUGGCGGCCCAGCCCUGUGGUGUCCCUUUACUUUCACUGACACAUCUGUGAGCACGGCCCUUCAUUUCAUCUUAAAGUGAGCGAGUGAUACUGUAACAACCAAACACUUUGCUUUUAAGAAGUCAGAGGCCUUGCUGUUUCUAGAGCAUAGACGGAUGUACCUUCCCAAGCUGCCAGGAGCUAGUGUCCUGCACUGGGUGCCAGGGCUCCUGGGUGGGCAGACUUUUUUUUUCUUUUUUAAUUUGAGGACAGAGUGGAUAGAAGAUUUUUGUUAAGAUUUUGUUAACAUGAAACAUUUUAAAAGUUGUCAUCUUUAGUUUCUAUUUUAUGCUGAUUGUGUUAUGUUCUACUUUAAGAGAAAAAGUCUUUUUUCCCCAAGCAUACUUCAGAUGCUAAAUAAACAUGGUUUAUAUUUAGAAA